GUGAAAGUAGUGUGAUCUGCACAUCACACUAGAUUUUAAAAUUCAUUGUCUUCCAUAAUUUGAAUGUUUCCUUUAGAUCUAUUUUCAAAAUAUUUCAAUAUCCGUUGAGAGAAGACCUUGUAAUUAAUGUUGUUUGCUUAAGAGUAGCCUUGUUUGCUUAACUGUCAUUAUUACCUCCAUUCCUAAUAUAUUCAUUUGCUUUAGAUGUGAACAUUUUUUUCAAUAUAACCUUUUGAUGAAUCUUUAUAAAAAAUAUGUUUUUCCUUUUUUCUAAUAGAAAAGUAGCCUCAUUAUGCUGCAAUGGGAACUCAUGAUUUAAAAUGAUGAAACUGUAGUGACCAUGAAAGCAAACAUUCCAAAUGGCCAGACCGACCGCCUCCUCAAGAUCACCAGCUUGAUCACCCUCACUCUGCAAAACGCAAUACUAGGACUCAGCAUGCGCUAUGCUCGCACAAGAGAGGGGCCGAUGUUCAUUGCCUCUACAGCUGUAAUGAUGUCCGAAAUAUUAAAAUUAAUUACAAGCCUUGGGAUUGUUUAUCUUGAGCAUCGUAACUUCAGAGCUUGGUGUGAAGAUAUCUACAACAGGGUUAUAGUUAAUGCAAUGGAUACCUUUAAGAUGUUAGUCCCUGCAUUGGUCUAUGUUGUACAGAAUAACCUGUUGUAUAUAUCAGCAUCUCAUCUAGAUGCUGCCACUUACCAGGUCACUUACCAAUUGAAGAUCCUGACAACAGCACUAUUUUCGGUUGUGAUAUUAAAACGUAAAUUGUUAUCAACACAGUGGGCUGCACUCUUACUUCUUGUCGUAGGAGUGGCAAUGGCUCAGCUAUCUGAUUCUUCCGAAACACAUAAACAUUCUAAUACAAAAAGUCAUUCUCAGAAUAAACUCAUAGGAUUCACUUCUGUGUUUGUGGCCUGUGUUUUAUCGGGCUUUGCAGCUGUAUUUGUCGAAAUGAUAUUAAAAUCUUCUAACAAUUCUAUUUGGAUGACCAACGUCCAACUCAGUCUUCUGUCGUUGCCUUUCGGCCUCAUGACCUGCUUCAUCUCAGACUGGAAUGAAAUUGAGCACUUGGGUUGGUUCUACGGCUAUGAUUUCUAUGUUGCCUACCUGAUAUUAUUACAGGCUGCCGGUGGAAUGAUAAUAUGUUUAAUUAUCAAGUAUGCAGAUAAUAUUCUUAAGGGGUUUGCAACAUCCCUUGCCAUUGUAAUCAGUGGCUUAGCUUCUGUGUUUUUAUUUAACCUAAAAAUAACUAUAUUGCUAACCACGGGAGCUAUACUAGUAAUAUCAUCCAUAUUCUUAUACAGCAAACCAGCCACAGAAGAUAAAAAACCUUUGCAAUACAAAAAUAUUGAAGACGUAUAGUGUAAAU